CUCACAGAUUCAGUUCCUUCUAUCUUCUCUGCUCUUCUCCUCUGAGCUUGAAGCUCUCUCUCUCUCUCUCUGUCACACAGAGACACAGGUAUUUGCAUAAGUUAUUAUCGGCAGCAGCGUCCUCUCAGCUCGGAGCUGUGGAUGCAGGAGACAGGGUGAGAGUCUGAUCCGGUUUGAAAGGGCAUCGUAAAUUCUUCCCACCAGUCUGCGAUCGAUCCUGCAGAGGAGGAGAAAUCAUUUUCGCCCCGCAGCUGCUCACACUGUAGUGGUCGGAAACUAGGCGAAGAGGCGCAUCGCCUCCAGAAAACACUCAUUCAUAACUAAUGCCAUGGAGCCGGGCAGCGGCAGCGUGAUGUUCCUCUGAGGCAGCGGAUCGCCAGGAAGCGGACCGACAGACAGGAUAAAAGGAAGCUAACCUAGUGAGUGAGAUGCCCUAGCCAUGACUGCCUAGCACCUGCAUUCUGUUCCAGAGUCCCUGCAGAGACAGACGAAGACAGGCCGUUACCUGUUAAUAGAGGAGCUUUGGUUUCUGUCACCAAAAGUGGCUUAAACCUACAGAGAAGAUCAUUACAACUGCUGUAAAGGGCUGAAGAUUCUGAACCAUGCAUCUCACCCACCAAACCCUUUAUUUAAUUUUCCCUUUACUUUUUCUAAUCUCUUUCUCAUUCCCCUCCAAUGCUGACUCCUAUGACCUACCCUCCUCCAGUGCCAACUGUUCCCAGGGUGAUGUAUGCUCUGAGGGUGUGAUCUUACCAGUAUGGAAUCCUCAGAAUCCUUCAGUGGGAGACAAGGUGGCCCGUGCUAUUGUCUACUUUGUGGCCUUAGUAUAUAUGUUCUUAGGAAUGUCGAUCAUUGCAGAUCGCUUUAUGUCUUCCAUUGAGGUAAUCACCUCCCAAGAAAAGGAGAUCACCAUCAAGAGACCCAAUGGAGAGACCUGCACAGCUACAGUGCGCAUCUGGAAUGAGACAGUCUCCAACCUAACCCUUAUGGCUCUUGGGUCUUCAGCUCCUGAGAUCCUGCUUUCAGUCAUUGAGGUGUGUGGGCACCAUUUUGAGGCUGGAGAUCUCGGCCCAAGCACCAUCGUGGGCAGUGCUGCCUUCAACAUGUUUGUCAUCAUUGGACUCUGCGUCUAUGUGGUGCCUGAUGGGGAGACCAGGAAGGUCAAGCACCUGCGAGUCUUCUUUGUGACAGCAGCAUGGAGUAUCUUUGCCUAUGUGUGGCUCUAUGUUAUCCUCUGUGUGGUAUCCCCCAGUGAGGUGGAGGUCUGGGAAGCUGUGCUCACCUUCCUCUUUUUCCCAGUAUGUGUGGUGCAGGCAUGGGUCGCUGACCGCCGCCUCUUCAUCUACAAGUACAAUCGUAAGCACUACCGUGCCGACAAGAGCCAUGGCAUUGUGGUGGAGACAGAAGGAGGAGAAGAAGUGGUGAAGGAGACAACUUUCAACAAGAUAGACAUGUUGGAGCUGGACGGCAUGGCAGCCCACUUGGAUGGAAUGCUGGGGGGAGAAGAUGGACUUGGAGGACGUGAUCAUGAGGACGAGGCCAGGAGAGACAUGGCCAGGACACUGAAGGAGCUCAAACAGAGACACCCAGAUAAAGAUAUGGAGCAGCUUAUAGAGAUGGCCAAUUAUCAGUAUGUUAUUUCAUGGUCUUACUUUCAGGUGCUAAUGCAGCAGCAGAAGAGUCGAGCUUUUUACCGUAUUCAGGCAACACGGAUGAUGACUGGAGCAGGAAACAUUUUGAAGAAACAUGCAGCUGAUCAGGCCCGGAAAGUGGUGAGCAGUGGAGAGGCACGGGAGCAGGAGGACGACCCCUAUACCACACGUCUAGAGUUUGAGCCAGCACUCUACCAGUGCUUUGAAAACUGCGGCCUAUUGAAACUCACAGUGGCAAGGCAUGGGGGAGAUGCAGGCUGCACUGUAAAGGUUGAUUUUCGUACAGAAGAUGGCACUGCCAACGCUGGCUCUGAUUAUGAAUUUGCUGAAGGCACUCUGGUCUUUAAGCCUGGAGAGAAUCUCAAAGAACUCACUGUGGGCAUAAUCGACGAUGACAUCUUUGAAGAAGAUGAGUACUUCUACGUGCACCUGAGCAACCCGCGCAUUGUGGGCGGAACGGAAAACCACCUGGCAGAUGGGAGCACUCCGGCUCUAAAGGCAGCUCUGGGAGAGGCUCACACUGCCACGGUGACCAUCUACGAUGAUGACCAUGCUGGCAUCUUCACAUUUGAGAGUGAAGCGACACGGGUAAGCGAGAGCGUGGGCAUCAUGCAAGUCAAGGUCCAGAGGACGUCUGGCGCCCGGGGUCUUGUUGCUGUCCCUUACCGCACUGUUGAUGGUACAGCUCGUGGUGGAGAAGACUAUGAGGAAACUUCUGGAAAACUGGAAUUCAAAAAUGACGAGACUAUGAAGAUCAUUGAAGUGAAGAUCAUUGAUGAUGAGGAGUAUGAGAAAAACAAAACCUUCACUAUUGAACUGGGCGAGCCUGUUCUUCUGGAGAUUGGACAGAAACAUGGGGAUUCCAACGAGAAUAACCCCACAGUAGGAGCAGAGGAAGAAGAGGUAGCUAAGAUGGGAUGUCCCAGUCUAGGAGAACACACCAGGCUGGAAGUGGUGAUUGAGGAGUCCUAUGAGUUCAAGAGUACAGUGGAUAAGCUCAUCAAAAAGACCAAUCUGGCUCUGGUAGUCGGAAGCAGCAGCUGGAGGGAGCAGUUUGUCAGCGCGGUUACCGUGAGCGCAGGUGAUGACGAUGAGGAGGAAAGUGGCGAAGAGCGUCUCCCUUCCUGCUUCGACUACAUCAUGCACUUUCUUACAGUCUUCUGGAAGGUUCUGUUUGCCUUUGUGCCUCCCACCGAGUACUGGAAUGGCUGGGCAUGUUUCAUCGUAUCAAUCUCUUUGAUUGGCAUCUUAACUGCAGUGACGGGUGACCUGGCCUCCCACUUCGGCUGCACCAUCGGACUGAAGGACUCCGUUACCGCCGUGGUGUUUGUAGCACUCGGCACCUCAGUACCAGACACCUUUGCCAGUAAGGUAGCUGCCAUUCAGGACCAGUAUGCUGACGCUUCCAUUGGGAAUGUAACGGGCAGCAACGCAGUAAACGUGUUCCUGGGCAUCGGUGUGGCGUGGACCAUUGCCGCCGUGUACUGGCAAAGCAAGGGCAAAGCCUUCAAAGUGGACCCAGGCUCUCUGGCAUUCUCUGUCACACUCUUUACUGCGCUGUGUGUGGUGUCUGUGAGUGUGCUGCUGUAUCGCCGGCGCCUCUCGGUGGCUGGUGGAGAACUGGGUGGCCCACGGACUUGCAAGCUGGUGACGUCGCUGUUUUUCUUUGGUCUUUGGCUUAUUUACAUUUUAUUGGCCUCCCUGGAAGCAUACUGUCACAUUCCUGGAUUCUGAAACAAAAAUAAAGCAUGUGAAAACACAACACUCUAAAUUCACUUCUCACACUAGAUAAACAGCUUUGUUAACGUUUUAGUACUUAAAUAAACUGUGAGUGUCAUGUUCCACAAUAGACCCCCCCCCCCCCCCCCACCCUUAAUUGUCUAGGUUCUCUGAAGAAUUACCUUACUGUGGAUCCCUUUGUCUCUUUGCCUUACUCUAAGAACUUGUCUUUUCCAGUAACCAAUGAGCCUUGUUCUUCACAUCUUUCCUGUUUGAGCCAAUUCAAAGUUUUCAGAUAGAAGGAGACCUGAUUAUGUUUUUCUACACUUUUUCAAUGGUGUCAAGUGUCAGUAUUGUUACUGUGUAAUUGUCAGUAUGGUAUAUUGAAAAGGACAUUUGCAGACAGACAGACAGUCAGUGACUAAGUGGAUAAAAUCAUAGCCUUGCUAUACAUGUUGACAAGUUAAAGUACGCUUGAAAAUGGAAGAAGAUCAUAAGAAAACAGCAGAGGAUGUGGACAGAUAAUAAGCAGAUUCUUUGAAGGAAGACCCACGCUGAGAAAAUCCUCAGUCUGGACUCGGAGAAGCAAGAUAAAAAGACCAGGAAGCAGGUUCGAAAAUGCUUUGGAUGGUGUUGAAGAUUGAACACUAUUUUAAACUGCAUGAGCUGGAUUUGUGGACCCUGCUGACACCCAGCCGCACACUAAAGAGGAUUUUCCAGGGAAGAACUCCUGCUGACACAAUAAGCUAAUUUUGUCCGUGGACGCGUUCUUGUUCUUUGGAAAUGGUAAAAGAUCUGAACCUCAAGCGUGGAGAAGCCAUGGAGAAGAAAGAGCCGGUCGAUGCUGUGCUGAUCUGUAUGGGCAGUGGGAGGUGGCAUUUACAGCAUGGCCACCACCUCCAACACGCCAAGGGGAGAAGCGUUACUAUGGAAAUACCGUACCGAAACAGGAAAUGACCUUUGUGCCAUGUGUGUCCAGUGCAUGUACACAGGCUGUGUCAUUCCUUGUGUGUCUACAGGAACUUAUAGACUUUACAUGUUCCAGAAUACAAUUAUUAUUAUUAUUAUUAUUUUAUAUAAAUAACUUUAAUGUUGAUGUCCAAGUCCAAUUGUACUGUACGUUAUCAGUCAUCGUCACAGUCAGUAUUUGUUACAGCUGGCUUCAGUGUGUGCCGUGAAGAUAAAGUGUCCGUGACUUUUCGUCUAGUGAUUAAAUAGGAGAGGGAGAAAGAAACAGAAAAGUUAUGACUACUUCGUUCUCCUGUCCUCCUUCUCUCCUUCCUCCUCCUCCUCCUCCUCUUCCUUCUCCUCCUCCUCUUAUCUUAGUCCCCUGUAUUUCUGUGCUCAAAAUAGUCAUCCACCACAGAGAGGAAACGGAGACAGAGAGGGAAAAAAGAAAUGAGUGUGACAGAUUUAGUACUUGUGCAGAUCUUUAGCUAUUCUAAGUAGCUACUGAUGCCUGAUCCAUUGUUUUGAGUGAUAGAAUGCGUGCGUGGGGUAUUUUUAGCUAGUCCUGUUGCUAGGCAACCAUCGCGGAGUCAUUGUCUCGUGUGUGUGUGUGUGUGUGUGUGUGUGUGUUGAGCGCCUUUUACGGUAGCUACUUUUCUUUCUGGCUGUCUGGUUUCUCUUAAUAAAUUGGAGCGCCAUUCCGAUGCAGAAAAUAAGUGUUAUAAUUGCAUUCCACACACACACACACACACACACACACAGAUGUGUGUGAUGUAAUAUUUUUAAAAAAAACUGAGUGACCAGUUAUGGGAAAGUAGCCUUAGAGCAGUUAUGUUUUACACACACACA